GGGAGGUGCAGAGACACAGAAGUGGAAAGUCAGCGGAGGAGACCCGGAGCUCGUGCAGUCUCUCUCUGUCUGUGGAUGAGCGUGCAUCAGCUACUCGAUACCGGCACGCGGCACUUUUAAACUUCACAUCUGGGUUUCGGCUCAGGCAAAACUUGAUAUUUUCAUACGGAGAGUCUGAAUCGCUCGGGAAAGAGGGGGAGAAGAAGCAGAAGAAGAAGAAGAAGCAGAAGUGUACACUCGUGUUGCUGCCGCUCUACAGUCUUACAUGAAGAAUUCAAAACUCUGUUUUGUAAAAGAGACCCAGACAGUCUGAUAAUCAUGUUUUAAGUCAACGCAGCAUGAUGGGUCUCACCAAUCCCUGCCUUCUCUGUGGUCACAUAAUGGUAUCGAAAGGUCAGACUUCAGCUUUGUUGUCUGGGGAUUCCUUGUUUAUUCCACACUGAGCAGCCAUACUUCAUCUUCGUGAGUUUAACAUGGAAUCAUGCCAUAGCUGCAAUGCCACUAUGGAGGUUAUCGGGGAAGGCAAGCCGGCUGUAAGCAUCAUCAUGUUCUUGGCUGCCGUAGUUGGAAACCUCCUGGCUCUGUUCAUCCUCGGCGUGCACCAGAAGGAACAUCGCUCCAGGUCCUCAGUCUUCUGCAUCCUUGUGACCGGCCUGGCCCUCACUGACCUGCUGGGCACCUGCCUCCUCAGCCCACCUGUGUUCAUCUGCUACGCCCGCAACGUAUCCCUGAUCGGCCUGGGUGAUGAAACACUGUGCAAACUUUUUGGCUUUGCUAUGAGUUUCUUUGGCCUAGCACCCACACUCAUCCUGUGCGCCAUGGCUGUGGAACGCUGUCUGGCCAUCAGCCACCCUUACUUUUACUCUGUGCACAUCCGCCGCAGCUUUGCCAAAUUCACUCUUUUCUUUAUUUACCUCUUUUCUUUGCUCUUCUGCCUCCUGCCGUACGCUGGCUAUGGCAAAUUCAGACAGUACUGCCCCGGGACGUGGUGCUUCAUCGACAUGGAUGCGACAGGAGAUGAGUGGGCCAGCUUGGUGAUGGCGUUCUCUGUGUCCUACUCCUCCCUCAUGGCUCUGCUGAUCCUGGCUGUGUUGGUGUGCAACGGCUCAGUCAUAGUCAGCCUAUGCAAGAUGCACCGGAACCAGAUGAUGCGGCGGGGCUCGGCGGGUUCAAAUGUGAGAAAGCGGAGGCUGAGCCUAGCCUGGUUCGGACAGGGGGAAGAGGAGAUGGACCACCUGGUGCUGCUGGCACUCAUCACAGUCAUCUUUGUGGUCUGCUCCCUGCCGCUCACGAUUGCAGGCUUCAUCAACGCCAUUGAACCAUUCUGUGGUGACACACAGAAUCUGACUGCCUUCCGUUUCUACGCCCUCAACCCCAUCGUGGAUCCCUGGGUUUUCAUCAUCUGCCGCAAGUCUGUGUUUCGCCACCUUUACUCUCUGCUCAGCUGCCGCUUCAGCAGAGGAGCUGUGAAGACGACAUCACACUGCGGUCUGUCUUUACCCCUGGACCAUCACAUACAGCAUAAUCCCCCUGACAUGAAACUUCCACAGACCAACAUAUAUCCCAAUUUACCCCUGUGACCCAACAGGAACCCUCUGCUCUGCAGGGUUCAGUGGAGGCCAUGAGGCUUUCAUGUCGGAUUAAACAGUGGAACAAAGAUGUGAAAUGAAACAUUUGACAAGACUAUGACAAAGAAAAUAUGGAAAUCAUCUAUUUGGGGCAGGUAGAGUUUCACUAUGAACUUCUUUUGAAAAAGUGAACACUCACACUGACCAAUCACACUGUAUCAUGUCUUUGAAUAAUAUACUGUAACUUCAGAAUAUAUGCACUUGGAUAUAGCUUUAUUGUUAAAUAAUUUGCAUGAAUGUAUACAGACUCCUUUUUUCUCUCUACCCUUUCUUUAAAGGAUGUUUCUUUAAAGUUAACCUGUGGUUACAAGUUGCAUCCUGUUGGAAAAGUGGUACGUCUCUCUUUGCUGAUUGUGUAAGUCAUGUUUUCUGCUGAAAAUAUUGUCCUGCUUUAUUUCACCCGUCAAAUGUAUCACUAAUUGUCUGCAAAAAAGAGGCAAUUUCUGCAGCAUUUCACUCGUUUGACACAGGUUUGGCAGGUAAACAGGCAUUUAAAAUUACAAUAUAGAAAUAAUAAAUCUUGUUGCUAGUGGCCUCAUUUGCUCUUGUAGGUCAUGGCGAGCUAUCCAUUUAUAGAUCAGACUGUUUCACAACCAGCUUCAAACUUCUCACAGAAGCUUUAAGACACAGAACAGUAGGUCUUUGUAAUUGGAUCGUCCACUUCUGAGUAGGCUAUAUAGCAAUGUCUACAUAUAAAUGACCAGCUCGUCAAUUUCCCUGUCAUUGCUGGAUCAGUGACUAAAGAAUUAUAGGUGUAGUUGUGACAGGUGAAUGUGGUCUUUAAGAGAGACAUAGUUUAUCCAAGUUAAGACAAGCAAAUAAACAAAAUGAAAACUAACGAGAAGCGACUUUCCCCUCCACGAUGUUCAGUAUUUUAACAUGGAGACUGUUUCUAUUUCAUAAAACAUUUGUUUCCAACCCGACUUUGUAUUCUCACUGAUAUCUAAGCUACCUGAUAACCUGUGAAUCUUUUUUUAAUGCUGCAAAAUGCACUGUGAGAAAUUGUCUUUUGUCAUGAGAUUAAUGCUGUAGCUGCAUUGAAAUGUAGUGUAUUUAUGCCUUUUACCCUGUGCAAUGAUGUUGUAUAUCCUAACAAUUGUGUUGGUUUGGUUCAUGCAGUGGAGAGCAGAGAUAGAAAUGGAUAACAGAUGUGGUGAUUCAAGUUUUUUUUUUCUGUGUGGCACAUUCACUUUUUUUUUUUAAGUCUUUAAAGUCUUAGUCAUGCAUGUCUCGAGGUAAGUCAGACUCGUUAUGACUCGCACAUAUGGUCUUUGAGGGUCUAAAUAUUUGAAUUGAUAUAAAAUUAUUCAUUUAUUUAAGGGAAACAAAUGUAUUCACUGUACGGUACACAGUUUGUUCAUGCAGAAUAAAAUACCGAUAUGAGAAAAAUA